AUGCGCUUCUCUAUACUUGCCGCCGCGGGCCUCAUCGGCGCUGCCACCGCCGCUCCAACUUCUAGUCCACCGGCCCUCAACUGGGACGAUGUAGUCGUCGUGCUUAACGAUGGGUCCACUCAGAUCAUGAAAGCUGCCCAGUACGACGCUAUCGAAUCUCGCGCCCCCGAGAGUAUCACUCGCCGUGAUGAUUGCAAGACAUCUACCGAGGCUCAGAUCCUUUCUGACGAGGAGUUCCUCGCCCCAGAUGUCGCCAUCUCACCCGUCGUGAGUUCUAAUGGCGCCAUUCCCGACAUCUCCGUCGCCAACGGCUACCAAGUCUCGAAUACGGUCACGGUAUCAGUUGGUGUUGAUCUUACGGUUAUCGAGAAAGUUCUUAGUUACUCUCUGUCCGUCAGCUAUGCUCAGAGUUGGACCACCACAGAGACCAACACCCUUCGUUUUACUAUGGGGGCAGGCCAGUAUGGGCUCGUUGUCUCCCAACCUAGCGUUCGGCGUGUCACUGGGAACAUGCUUACCGGCUGCACCGACAAAUGGGAUUCGAAGCCUUUCACCUCCGACACCUAUACCAGCCAGUCCUACGGCAACCUUGCCUGGGUCAAGGGUGUCAUCCGCCUCUGCAACAGCACCACCUACCCGUUCCCUACUGCCUCGGCGAGGGUGAGCACAGAUAAAUGGCUCCACCCCAUGGCAGCAAGACAAAUCACUGAGCACUUGGAAGCCGAAGCUCGCGAGCUGUUCUGGCAACUUUAUGAAGGAACGGUGGCCCGCCAACCCAAUAGGGACGUCUGGAACGCAUAG